UCCUCUUUCUUCUCUUCCUAGAACCUUCUUUUAUAACAAUUCUCAUUUUCACACAACGAAGAGGCGAAGAGCCAUUAACAAAAAAAAAGUCAGGCUUGAAGAAACCAUUAAAAAGGCACCGUUCUCUCUGACUUUUCCAUUUUCGAUCACAAAAUGGCGUCGUUCGAUGAAGCACCUCCCGGAAACCCAAAGGCAGGAGAAAAGAUCUUCAGAACCAAGUGUGCGCAGUGCCACACCGUCGACAAAGGUGCCGGUCACAAACAAGGACCAAACUUGAACGGGUUGUUUGGAAGGCAGUCUGGAACGACUCCAGGGUAUUCUUACUCUGCUGCCAACAAGAACAUGGCCGUCAUGUGGGAGGAGAAGACUCUCUACGAUUACUUGUUGAACCCCAAGAAGUACAUUCCUGGGACGAAAAUGGUGUUUCCUGGAUUGAAAAAGCCACAAGAUCGUGCCGAUCUCAUCGCUUAUUUGAAGGAAGGUACUGCGUAGACUGGGUUGCUCGGAUAUAAAUGAAGCCUCUAUUCUCCUUGCAUUUUUUUUCUCACAGAAAAAAUAAAUCAGACCAAAAGUAUUAUGGUCGUGAACUGGUUAUAUGUUUUCUUUCUUUUCUUUGUUAAUGAGGCGAGUUGCCUCUUAUAGUCGAAUAUUCGUUUUUGAUGUGAAGACCAAUCUCCACCACGAAAUUUAAUUACGAGAUUUUAUUCUACUUUC